GCGCCGGUUGACCCGAGUUUUCCAGCCUGGUGAGCUUCACUGCAGCUCCUUCGGGUUUCUCCGCAAGCUCAGCCUCAAGGCGCCGGCGCGGCUACUGCGUCCAGCCCAGCCCAUGGCCGGUGUGCGGGGCGCGUCUGGGCAGAAGCUGUAAGGACCUUCCCGUAAAGCAGCAGCAGCAGCAGCUGGUGAAGCCGCCGCCGCCGCCGCCGCCGCCGCCAGGAUGGGUACAGUGCUAUCCCUGUCGCCCGGUGGGUCUGGAAAGGGCAGCAGUGGGGUCCUGAGCGAGAAGGCGGCCCCGGGAAGGGCGCACGGCAAAGGCGAGAGCCGCUUGAAGCGGCCCGGCGUUUUGAUUUCUGCCCUCACCUGGAAGCGCCUGGUGGCCGCCUCUGCGAAAAAGAAGAAGAAUGCUAAGAAGGUGACGCCCAAGCCGGGCUCCGGAGGCGCAUCUGAUCCCCUGGUGCAGCAACGCAACCGCGAGAACGUGCGCAAGUCCCAGCCGGACGGGACCAAACAGGGUCCCUUGGCUGUCCCGGUGCCUACUGUGCCCGUCUCUAUCCAAGACAGCGGAAAACCGCCGCCGCCCCCGCCGCUGCCCAGCAACCGCUCGGCCGCUGGCUCCCCACGGAGGGUGAUCGUGCAGGCUUCCACGGGCGAGCUCCUCCGCUGCCUAGGGGACUUCGUGUGCCGCCGAUGCUACCGGCUCAAGGACCUGAGCCCCGGCGAGCUCAUCGGUUGGUUCCGCAGCGUGGAUCGCUCGCUCCUGCUCCAGGGCUGGCAGGACCAAGGCUUCAUCACCCCCGCCAACCUGGUCUUUGUGUACCUGCUGUGUCGCGAGGCACUGCAAGGCGACCAGAUUGGCAGCCAGGCGGAGCUUCAAGCCUCCUUCCUCACUUGCCUCUACCUGGCCUACUCCUAUAUGGGCAAUGAAAUCUCCUACCCACUCAAGCCCUUCCUGGUUGAGGGUGACAAGGAGCGCUUUUGGGACCGCUGCCUCUCCAUCAUCCAGGGCUUGAGCGCCAAGAUGCUGCAGAUCAACUCCGACCCGCACUUCUUUACACAGGUCUUCCAGGACCUCAAGAACGAAGGCGAGGGGGGACCCACAAAGGACUCCUCCAGCACCAACAAACACUGGACUAUAAGCUUGGACCGUUAGGAAAUUCAGGGGGCCCCUCCCCAGCACCCCCAACCUUCCAGAUGUAUCUCACCUCUUCGUCCCCCUCCCACCCAAAGGCUCGGCUCAACUAGGGUUUCUCCUGGAGGAAUAAAACCAGGGGUGAGGAUUGGGGAGCUGCCAGGGGCAUAGACAGCCCUUAGUCAUCCUAUUUUGUACAGGUAGCAUCAUGGAACUGCUUCCCAACUCACCCUCU